CUGACGGUGGGCGGUCCUACAGCACCCAGGCUUGUUAGUCUGCGAGCCGCUGGCUCUGCAGAGGAAGAUGGCGCCUCGAAGAGAGAGGCAAUCUGCGCUGCCGCGGUUCCAGCUGUUGGUGCUGUUGUUGCUGCCGCUGCUGCUUGUGCCCCAGCCCAUCGCUGGCCAUGGCGGCAAGUACUCGCGGGAGAAGAACGAGCCCGAGAUGGCCUCCAAGCGCGAGCCUGGCGAGGAGUUCCGCAUGGAGAAGCUGAACCAGCUCUGGGAGAAGGCCCAGAGGCUUCAUCUGUCUCCCGUGAAGUUGGCUGAGCUCCAUUCUGACCUGAAAAUACAAGAAAGGGACGAACUCAACUGGAAGAAACUGAAGGCGGAAGGCUUAGACAAGGAUGGGGAGAAAGAAGCAAAACUGGUUCACAACCUCAAUGUCAUCUUGGCCAGGUAUGGACUGGAUGGAAGGAAGGACACCCAGAUGGUGCACAGCAAUGCACUCAAUGAAGACACCCAGGAUGAGCUGGGGGACCCCAGGCUGGAAAAGCUGUGGCACAAGGCAAAAACAUCAGGGAAGUUCUCCAGUGAAGAACUGGACAAGCUGUGGCGGGAGUUCCUGCACCACAAAGAGAAGGUCCACGAGUACAAUGUGCUGCUAGACACACUGAGCAGAGCUGAAGAAGGUUAUGAGAACCUGCUCAGUCCCUCUGACAUGAACCACAUCAAGAGCGACGCCCUGGCCAGCAAGCACAGUGAGCUGAAGGACAGGCUGCGUAGUAUCAACCAGGGCCUGGACCGCCUGAGGAAAGUCAGCCACCAGGGCUACAGCCCCACCACUGAAUUUGAAGAACCCCGAGUGAUAGAUCUGUGGGACCUGGCCCAGUCUGCCAACUUCACAGAAAAGGAACUGGAGUCAUUCCGGGAGGAGCUCAAGCACUUCGAGGCCAAAAUUGAAAAGCAUAACCACUACCAGAAGCAGCUGGAGAUCUCCCACCAGAAGCUGAAACACGUGGAGAGCAUUGGUGACCCCGAGCACAUCAGCCGCAACAAGGAGAAGUACGUGCUGCUGGAGGAGAAGACCAAGGAGCUGGGCUACAAGGUGAAGAAGCACCUGCAGGACCUGUCCAGUAGGGUCUCAAGAGCUCGGCACAAUGAGCUCUGAGGACCAGAAGCCACCAGCAGUAGCCCAGAGAGGCAUUUUGAAGACACUGGGAGCUCUCAACGCGUCAUCUGCAUGCCUAGACCUGUGAUGACUGGUGUGGCUGACCACGGUGGCCCAGAGGAUCCUUCAACACACCGACCUGAUCCCGCUGCAGCUGGCAAGGACUUCUUUUCUUUCAAGCAAGUGUGGCUGUCACCACCCUGGUUGAAGGCCUUGGGUAGAGCUACCAUUGAGAUAUGACUGUCCUCCACCCUGCGGCAAACAGUUUACAUUGAAAUUACAUAUAUCUGUCACUGGAAAUGUAAUGUACGGAGGUCUUAAAUACAUGGCAGGAUUUCAAGCCA